UAAUAUCUCACUGCACUUUAUUCCACACUGGAACUGUGUGCUGGUCAGAGCUGCACUGUCCUUCCCUGAGCCUACUGUCCUGUGCAGUAAUCACUCUACUGUCUCCUGCUGUUUUACACCCGGAGGGGGCUGUGUUGUUUUUGUGUAGCACCACGGUGGAACGCGGUUUCAUUUCACUGCGCGCUGUUUCUGUACCAGCCGUUUACGCUCGACAUGAAAAUAAAGCCGCUUGAACUUCACACUUGAACUUGAAACCUUUCUGACUCUAGCACAUUUGUCCCUCUGACAUGACAGCAAGGUUGCGUGUGCUUAACCACAAAGCAGGGCGGCUCACAUCUUCAGCUCAACACAGGAAGUGCUGUCCACACACACACACACACACACACACACACACACACACACACACGUACAUACGUACCAGAAGGAGGCAGGUUAUUCAGAACUCUCUAGGAAAGAAAAUAAACAUCCACAUCCUGGCAAACGGACAUCAUGCUCAAACGCAAACUGAGUUUUAAGUGGUUUGGGAGUCUGGGUAACCUUUCAUUUCGUCGCAAGUCGGACGCAGCGAAGCAAAGCUCCGAGAAGGAUGACGAGACGACUAUCGAUGAGGAGGACAUGCGCCCUCGCUGCCCGAGCUACGCCCGCUCCAGCGAAAUGUACACCCACAUGGGCACCAUGCCUCGCCCGCAGAAAAAGAAAGAUAAGAGCGUCAAGAAUAAAAGUCAGGAUCAUAAAAGUCUUAAAAUUAAGAACAAGCCCAAAAGCUCCCCACUGAGCCGCAGCCAGAGCAUGAGAAAUUCCGACUACGUGAACGAGUCCCCUCUCCUCAGCGCUCUCAACGGCCAAGCGCUCUCAAGCCUGCACAAGAACGACGCAGACGACAAGCUCACACCAGAGUGCCAGAAAGCCGAGACCAGGGAAGAACCUGAAGUUAAGAGCUCUGAGCAGAUCCGUAAAGAACCGGAUAACGCACGUUCCAAACCCGCAGAAGACCCAGAUCCACCUCCACCUCCACAUGCUCUCCAGGAGAAACCAGUACUGCCUAGGAAGAGUAGCCUCCCUGUAAAGAUCUCUGUGGACCUGCAGGAGCACAAAAUUUCCACCACCAGUGAGCGCCAUCAAGAGAAAGAAGAAGAGGAAAGAAAAACAGGUCCCGAUCCUGACCGUCAAAAGGGAACCAAAGACAGUCAAGGAGAGUAUGUAGAGUUCUCCAAGGAGAAGUACCUGUUGGAGUCUCCCCCGGAGAAGCUGAGGAAGGAGCUGGAGGAGGAACUCAAACUCAGCAGCAGUGACCUGAGGAGCCACGGCUGGUACCAUGGCCGCAUCCCACGCGAGGUGUCGGAGACGCUGGUUCUGCGCAGCGGGGAUUUCCUGGUGCGAGACUCGCUGGCCAACGCGGGUGAUUACGUGAUCUCGUGCCGCUGGCAGCAGGAUGUGGUGCACUGCCGCAUCAGUAAGGUUCUGGUGAAGAGCGGACAGACGAAGGUGCAGUUCCUCCUGGAGGACGAGACCUUCGACUCGCUGCCCACUCUGAUCCGGCACCACGCUGGCACCGGCCGGCCCGUGUGCCCGCGCUCCGGCGCUCAGCUGCUGUGCCCCGUCAACCGCACAGUGCCCCUCAGGUACCUGGAGGCCACGUUUGCCCUGGCGAGCGGGAGAUCGGGGUCACAUUCACCGUCCGCUCAGCGGGGGGCGCACAUCAAGAGACGCAGUGUCACCAUGACGGAUGGCCUGACCACCGAGAAGAUCAUCCCCCACAGUCCAUCCACAAUUCACCAUAAAGAUGCCAUGAGGAACUGUGCGCUCAGCAUGGACCAGAUCCAGGAGAUGCGCUGUCCCCUGUCCCCUGUAGGAGAAGCUCCUCUCUCACCUGCCUACACCUCCAUUUCCCGUCACAGACAUGGCUCGGGCGGACGUGUUUUGGCCGUCAUUCCACCUUCGCCGGUGAUGCGACGCUCCAGCGAGCCUCACCUCUCCCCUUCCUCCUCCAAUAACAACGUCGUGUGUUCAGACACGCCCCCCAGCGCUCACGGCUGCCCCUCAGACGGUUCGGAAGGAGGGGGCAGUUACUGCGAGUUGAGGCCGGGUCAACCCCCAACGCCUCCAUCCAAGAGCUACGUGGAGAGGCUGAGGGUGGAGGAGGGCCGAGCGCCAGGCUCCGCCCCCACCGAUGGAGGAGAGAGCUUCACCGUUCCUCUGGUGGAGAGCAGUUCGUGCUUGAGACCCGGGCAGUACCAAUCGGCCCUGCUUCCUGCAGAGAAUAAGCCCCUGGAGAUGGGGGUCCUGAAGAGGGUGAAGGAACUGUUAGCUGAAGUCGACCCUAAAACAGCGGCCAAACACAUCACCAAGGCCGACUGCACGGUUGCUAGGAUACUGGGUGUUACCAAGGAGAUGCAAAGGAUGAUGGGAGUGGGUUCCGGGCUGGAGUUGCUGACUCUACCACAUGGCCAUCAGCUGAGACUGGACCUGCUCGAGAGGUUCUACACCAUGUCCAUAAUGAUGGCGGUGGACCUGCUGGGCUGUACGGGCAGUACGGAGGAACGAGCAGCUCUGCUCUAUAAGACCAUCCAGCUGGCAGCAGAGCUCAAGAGCACCAUGGGAAAUAUGUUCGGAUUCGCCGCCAUCAUGAGAGCCCUUGAACUCCCGCAGAUCUCACGCUUGGACCAGACGUGGAUGACGCUGAGACAGAGACAUACGGAGGGAGCCAUUUUGUAUGAGAAGAAGCUCAAACCCUUCAUGAAGGGCUUAAACGAAAGCAAAGAGAGCUCCGUGCUGUCCAGCACGUCUUUCCCACAUGUGGUGCCCGUGUUGUGUCUGUUGGAGAAGGGCGUGGCUGUGGGGGAGGGGCCAGAGCCGUGGGAUACUUCAGAAUGUGGCGUGGACGUGGUCAUGAGCCACCUAGAAGCAGCACGCAGCAUUGCACACCACGGAGGCCUGUACCGCACCAACGCCGAGAGCAAGCUACACGACUUUCAGGAGAGAAAGGAAGUGUCAGAGAUCUUCUGCACGGAGUUCCAGAUGAGGCUGCUCUGGGGAAGCCGAGGUUCCGAGGGGAGUCAGAGCGAACGCUACGAGAAGUUCGACAAAGUCCUCACGGCUCUUUCGCACAAGCUGGAGCCUCCUGUACGCCACAGCGAGCUAUAGCAGCACCCGCCACCCCCGUCUGACACAUUGGUACUGUCCGUCACCUCACUGUCUUUCCCACUUCUGGGAGAGACCAUUAUAAAGACAGAGGAAAGUGAGAGAGAAAACAGAAGAGGAGCAUAUCGAAUCCAAUCUACGAAUAAGGUACAAAAGGGGGCGGGGUUUGUCCAGACGGGAUGGCGCCGUGUACCGUACGGAACGCGGAACUACGGCAGGGGCGGAGUUUAAAAAUCCUGACACCCAAAUCUCUUUUGUGACUCGGGACAUGAGGGAUUGAGAAACAUCUUUUUUGUGAUCUCGGUAUGCAUGAUCAUCACGCCAUCGUCCCGGACACUCAGAGACACGUCACACUCAGUCACGCAUCUAACGUCUUAAUGUAAUGUUGCCAAAACUCAACGACCACUUUCUUUACAAAAAUCUCCUUUUUAUACAUUUAAUUAUUAUUAUUAUGUGUUUAUUUUUAUUUCUGCGUACAAGGAGCAAUAUGUGGCAACCGACACACACUCAGUACACAAUGCUGUGGAGAUGGUGGAGAGCCCAGCCUUUGGGAGAGUGUGUAGGGUUCAGGAGCUCACCCUGGUUCCUGAUGAAGAUCUCAAAUCCUUGUAAAAAAAAUUUUUUAUAUAUAUAUAUAUAUAUAAAAGACUCAAAUUGGUUCCUGUUGAUGAUCUGUUGAAGAUCUCAUCCUGGGUUUUGUUGAGGAUCUCACCCUGGUUCUAGUUAAAGAGUUGAAGAUAUCUGUUGAAGAUCUCACCUUGCGUACUUUGGAAAAUUCUAGCCUACAUCCUGGUUACUGUUGAAUGUCUCACAAGAGGUCCUGGGAAAGCUUUUACAGUGGUUCCUGUUGAAGAUGUCACCCUGGUCCCUUUGAAGAUCUGUCAAAGAUCUCAUCCCGGCUCUGGUGAAGAGCUCCCCUGUCAACCUAUUUCCUCUGCUGAAGUUCUCACCACAAAUCCAGUUGAAAUAGAUCUCACCCUUAUUGCUUUCAAAGAUCACAUCAGGAUCUCACCCUGGUUCCUGUUUAAAAAAAAAAAUAUCACCAUAAUUCAAACUAAAGAUCUCACCCUGGAUCCUCUUCACAAUCUUAUCAGGAUCUCACCCUGGUUCCUGUUAAAGCUCCUCUCCAGAUUAAAGAUCUCACUUGUUGGACUUGUUGAAGCUCAUCUCUGAAGAUCUGCCGUGUGGACUGAGACACCGAGGUGGACGUGCUGCAUGUUGCUCCUUUCCUCCUGUCGCGGCUUUUCACCGAGUGCGAAGGCUGGAGAGAAACUGUGAAGCGUGUAAAACUGUUCUGCGUUCGAGUAUGUUUUCAUUUUCUCCAUUUUACAGAUGUGUGUGUGAAGGAAAGUGUGUGUGUGUGUGUGUGUGUAGGAGGUCUUCAGCAUAAAGUCCAGUGUUAUAACUGGAAGUGUGAAUUUCCUCUGUGCUAUGUUAUGGACAUUAUAAUGCUUUCAUUUAUGUUCAUGGAUCCUGUACCGUCUCAGCGCAUAUUUUUAAAAACAAUAGCAGUCUUUGUUUAUUUUAUUUUUUUGGGUGGUUCAGGACGCAGUGAAAGAAAGAACUCCUGUUCGCACUCCUUAUUUUUAUUUAUUGGCUUUAAAAGCCAGCGCUCUUCCCACUCUUCAGGUUAAUCAGACUCAAAGUGAUAUACCUCUUAAUGUAAAUCUCCUUCCUCAUAUUAGUAUUAUAAUUAUUACUCACCUGUAUCCUCACCUGAUAAUGAAUGCAAAUGCAUUUCAUUCUUUAUUUCUUGAUUUUAUGAUUUCUCAGUAGCUCUGAGAUCAACAUCAUUAACCGCCUCUUUGUUAAACUUUAUUCCCAGUGGAUUAAUAACACAUUGUGGAGCCUCUAUUUCAGGUCUUUUUUUUUUUUUUUUUUAUAAAGGUGAAUGUUAAAAUGUUGUGAGAAUGGAGGAAUGGAGGAGCUCUGUAUGCAAUUCCACUCUGAGCCAGAAGAGGGCUCUGUACAGCAAGCAAAAAAAAAUUAAUAAAAAAUGUUUUUUAAAGGGUGGGGGCGGGGGGGGGGGGGGGGGGAUGAGAAUUUGCACCAACAUGGAUUAAAAAUCAAGAAGGUUUAAUUAAUAAAUUAGUUAAUAGAGGUUGGAAAUUUCAUUCUAAAGCACCUGAGAUAAAUCUUGUAUAAUGAAAUUCUCACAGACGCUGCAGUAGAACCUAGAGAAAAAUAAAAUAAAUAAAAUUACAACAAUGUUUAAAAAAAAAAAGAGAGAGAGAGAGAGAGUAUAAGAGAAUAACCAACAUCAUUAGAAAAUUGUUAUGGACAUAUUUAAUAUUUUACAUAAUCCUACUUUAGAGAGUGUCGUUGUUUUUUAUUUCAUUUUAAAUUAUUAUUUUUAUUAUUAUUUAUUUAUUUAAUUUUCACUUAUAUGAUUCAACACAAGCAAAUUUCCAUCAUUUAUGGACCAGUUAGGACAGGUGUAAAUAGGAAACACGUGAAUGAAAUCCGGUUGAAAUUCAGUCCACGUUGGUGCAAACUCACUUUCCAAGAUUUUUUUUUAUUUUUAUUUCUAUUUCGGACGGCACUGGGUGUUUUUCCUGUGCAGGUUUGACUGAUGUAAGGAUUAUUUCAUGCUGUAAAUACAGGAUGGACUAAAAUUGAUAGACAACAUGUUUAAAGCUGAUUUUGGUUGCAUCUUCUUUCUUAUGUGCUGUACAUAUGAGUAUGUGAUAUGUUUUUCAAUCUUUUUUCCAGGAAAUAAAAUACAAUAAGCUUG